GUGACGAAUUUAACAGGGGUCUCGCGCAGCAGGCAGGUGCCACCAUCAGCGCGACACGAUGGCAGAAAUGGGCCCGGCUGUGCGGUUAUCGUUGCUCGGCCUCCUCCUGUGCCUGCAGCUCGGCCGGGCUCCGGCCCGCAGCCCGCGCACGGCGGACCAGGUGUCUGAGGCCGACAUCCAGCGGCUCCUGCACGGCGUCAUGGAGCAGCUGGGCAUUGCGCGUCCCAGGGUGGAGUAUCCCGCACAUCAGGCCACCAACAUUGUCGGACCUCAGAGCAUUCAGGGUGGUGCUCACGAAGGCCUGCAGCACCUCGGCCCCUUUGGCAACAUCCCCAACAUUGUGGCCGAGCUGACAGGCGACAACGUCCCCAAAGACUUCAGUGAUGACCACGGGUACCCAGACCCUCCAAACCCCUGUCCGCUGGGAAAGACCGCAGCAGACGGCUGUUUGGAAAACGCUCCAGACACAGCCGAGUUCAGCAGAGAGUUUCAGAAACACCAGCACCUAUUUGACCCGGAGCAUGACUACCCAGCCCUGGCGAAGUGGAACAAGGAGCUUUUGUACCAGAAACUGAAGGGAGGACCAAAAAGAAGAAAGAGGGGUGUCAACCCGUAUUUAAUGGGCCAGAGGCUCGACAAUGUGGUCGCCAAAAAAUCUGUUCCUCGCUUCUCCUCUGAGGAAGACGAGGAAGAGGCACCGACAGUCCCUGCUGCCAGCAAAUCCACAACCUAAACUCCUGCACCCACAUGUUUAAGCAUUUUGAUUAAAAUAAGAAACCGUAUGUAGAGAGAAGAUGAAAAUCAUUCAUGCUUUUUCAAAACUUUUAUUGCAAACAUAUUAAUUGGCCCAGAUGUUAUUCACUAAUUAAGCAUGUCUUACACCUGGUGCUCUUAUUUUUACGUAUGGACUUGUAGACUGGUCCAGUUAUAGGGGGAAAAAGUGAUUCACAGUUACAGCAACAGUUUUAAAGCAUGUAGAACAGUAACAACACCUGAGAUUUAACCAUUUAAAAUUUAAAAACCUGGCUGGCAUUGUGAGGUUUAUCUACAACUGUAUUAUAAUGACAGGUUGUAUAAAGAUAUGUUGAUUUGGAGGAAUGUUCACUCAGACAGUUAAUAUUAUUAUUAUCAUUAUUCAUGUACAGUUUUACUCACUCUGAAGUUUCUGAAGUAUAAUUUUUUAAUGUCUCGAUAUAAUCACGUCUGUAUCUUGAAGCAUAGAUUGAAUACAGAUCAUGUUAAUCAUAACUUGUUGUAGCUUUGUCAUGUAAAGAAAAGAAAUCUUAUUCUGAUUAGUGUCUACUCACAUCACCAUACCGCAGUAACGUUAGUCUCUACAGGCAGCUUCAUCUCGACAAAAAUGCUUGUGUUAUGCUUUUCUUCUGUUAAACCAAAUAAACGUUUUAUCUGCAUUGA